ACGAUGCAGUGCGUCGUUUGGUAGAUUUUACAAUAUUGGCACAACUUGCAUGCGCUGCAGACACCGCGUAUGCCGGCAAUGUCGCAUUGAGAUCAGAAACCACGCAGGAGAUGACAAAGAAGUCGAGUGGAUCUGCAACGUCUGCUACAAGAUUGCUGAAUUACACGUCGUUACCGGUAAGUGGAUGCACGAAAGUUCGAUUUCCAGCAAAUCUGUCAGCGAGAAAACAGCACAUAUUCCAGUGGACAUAUUGAAUCGCAGCAUCCGACGAGCUUGGACGAUUAAUGGUCCUCCAACACGUUGGUUAGCUGCGAGAAAGUCUCCAGAAUUGCGAAUAUAUCGCAGUUUACCAUCUCGCCAUCAGGAUUAUCAAGAUCCAUUAAAGGAUUCAAACUUCGAUGACAGAACAUUAUCGAAGCUUGAGAAUUUGCGAGAAGGCAGAUUGGACGUAAAGGACUGCGCUGAGAAUGCCGGUAACAACUAUAGAGAUGCAAUUGAAGCGAUCGAGAAGAGCACAUCGAUUAACGAACGAACAAAACGAGAGAAACCAAUCGUUAAAGAGGAGGAAGUGCCAUCAUUGGAUAUUAUAAGAUUUAAUAAGAGAAGCGAACGCUCGGGUAAAGAGCAAGAGGAUCCUGUGCAGGAGCAGUGCACACCGAGAAUAUCAUUUAUAAAACCGCCAAGAAUCCUCACAAAGUUUAUAUCUCCGGACACAAAACCGAGCCCAACGAAGCAUGGCGAGAGGAAAUCAAAUAUUCCAAUUUUUAAAAGGAGCUCCAAAGAGUUCGAAGAUAUCCGGAGCCCACAAGAGUCACCCAAGCGAUCGCUUAUUCCUCAAAGAUAUAGAGGAAGCACUGAUGAUUUGCGUCGCAGUCGUGAGGACAUAAGCGUGCCGAGCUUGAUUCCAAAACUCUUAUCCUCUCGCAGUAAGGAGGAGCGAUUGAAGCGACAAGACAGUAAAGACGACAUCCGUCCUUUAUCGAGAUCUGCACGAAAGGAUUUCAAGGAAGAGAGCAAGUCACCGUCACUUGCCAUUUCACAAACGUCCACCAAUAAGGACGAAGUCUACAAGUCAGGAAUAAGGAUCUUUCGUCGUGAAAAUAGUCGCGAGGACGUGGGCAGAGACAACGCGAAUUCGAUCAAAGAAUCCACGAAAGGAAAGCAACAGGAGAAGCAAGAAAGAACGGAGGUUGUGGGCGGUGCAGCAAAAGUUGCCGAGUUGAAAGUUACCGACGAGUUACCGAAUAGAACGAGACGCGAGGACGGCAAGGACAACGCCAACGAAAGAUCGUCAUCGGGAAGAAAGGAGGCACAUGCCUCGAUCGAAUCGGACUCAACAGUACUGGACGCACAAUCAGACGAGAAAGUUGAUGCGAAACACCAGGACGCGAGGAUGAUCGAUAUGAUCAUCGCGGAAAACAGGACGCAGGACGAACGGAUGCGGGAACAGGAUACGAUGGUCUUGGGUAACAAGGGGGACGAGAAGCAUUUGCUAGCGACCCGAGAACCAAUCGAAUCCAUCGUGGAAAAUCAGAGGCAAAACAACAACGAAAAGGAAACACGGAACACUACGGAACAAUUAUUGGAUAUCGGCAGUGACGGUGACGUCAUUGGAAUCACCAAUGAAAGAAAGGGCUCACUGGAGAUCGGUUAUGGAAAGAGGCCGGACGAGUUUCAAGUGGUACGACGAAAGUUCUCCAAAGAAGAAUUCUCAAAUCCAGAUGACACUGACGACACUCCAAAUAAGCGUUGUUCAAGUCAUUUAUCGCCAGAAGCCAGUCCAUUGAGUACAAGAUCGUCGAGAUACAGUCCUCGGGAGAGCGAGAGCGAACCCACUCCUGCAUUGCCGCGUAAAACCGGAGGAGACUCCUGUUCCGCUUCCCAGAGGAUACGCGACGCUAUUACGAGGACCAGGAGAGAAUCCAACAGUAGCACAAGAUACGAAAGUAGCGGCAGCGAAAGUGUUAGAUUAAGUGAGACCGGUUUGCACGGAUAUGCAGAAUUGGCAAGGAAAGUAAAGUUCUUCGGAGGAAAUGGUAAUGGCUCGGUUUCGUCGACAAUCGAUGGCGAUGAAGUUGUGCAACGCGACAGUGCAACCAGCGCAGGCGAGGAUGAAAUCAAUGAAGAUGGCCACGACAGAACAGGCCCAAUUCCUUCGCAAGGAAGGACGAUGCUGCGACGAAGGAGACAGUUCGAUGCUCAAGGUUCGCGGCGACGUGGGAGAUCGCACGCAAGAUCUUGCUGCGGCGGCGAGGAUCUGCAGAGCCUGCAGACCUUGAACUUGAUCGGACGCGGGGGUGGAAGCAGUCGGCAGCGCAGUCCUAAUCCUGCGACAGGUGGUCCAGGUCAGGAUCAGCCGGCAUCCGUGGUGGAUUACAGACGGCUAGUGUUCAUCAGCUCGGACUCGUCGUCAGGCCGCGAGGAGGAUGAUGCCGACAGUAGUUGCUCAAGCUCGUCCUACCUGAACGGACUGCCGCGCAACGGCAAUCACCACCAUCAUCACGCGCAGUCGCUCGAGGACUGCGACUGGGACUACUUCGAAAGCGGCUCUCUGCCGUUGCCAACAACACCAAUUGUCACCGUCGGCGCUGGUGUUAACAUCGCCGGUAGAGCGGAUAUCAUUGGUCAGGACGUUUGGAGUUGCUGCCCAGGACGCGGUUCCGCUGCUUGUCAGGCCUGCGGUGGUUCCCGAAGUGCGAACGUGCUUCCGGUACCGGUACCUAUACCAGUCCCUGUUCCAUAUCCAGUGCCGAUACCGGCCGCACUGUGGACUGGUGAUUUUGCGGCAGCUGCAUCAUCCAUGAUAAGUCGCAGUGACGGUCACGCCGAGCCAGGAACUCUGAGGUUACGAGGUGACCCAGCGGCACCUUGGUUCGCCUGGCACCCUCGAUUCAACCAGCCUCUUCAUGGCGCACGUUUAGAUCCCCGGCUCGCUGGCGCCUUCGAUCCAACCACCUGCACCUUCCGCCCGCCUGAUCAAGUGUUGACUCCGAGAUUGUACGGUCCAAUAACUGAGACAAUAACGACCGCAACGAAUCUCGAGUCUUCUCAAAUAAGUCAAGAUGUGAGAGAUGAAGCAAACGUCAUAUUGAAGACUGAGAAACUUAGAAAGGAGGAAAACUUGCUGGCGAAGGAUAUUAACGAAUCUAGUUCCUCUACUACAAAGAAUAAAAAGAAGUUAGAAGAAACGAAGAACAUCGAAAUAGAAGGCAAGAAAGAUGAAGAAGAAACGGAAAUGAACGAAGAGGCCACUUGUGAAGAUUCCUUAUUGUCAUCUUUCGAAAGGAAUGCACAAGGAAUGUAUCAGCACUCGCGAGAGGAUUCGGACAGCUCGUCCGGUAGAUCGUCAGCAGAUAGCAGCGAUCUGGAAGAGGAUUCCAGCUCGCAUAGAUUCUCUAAAGUAUUUGUGGUGAACGACGACUCGCUCACCAGCGACAACGAUAUCGAGGAUAAUGAAGAGAAUGAUUCCGAUUCUGCUGCGGAAGGUGGUGUAACCUUGAAACGUGUCACUGCGAUUCCUGAAGAAGAACCGGUAGUGUUGCAACAUGUAAGACUAUUAAACGAAGAUAUAUUCAUGGAAAAUGAACGAGGAGUAAACAAGAACGAAUUAGAAGAAUCUAAUAAGCAUUCCAAGACUUAUAUCUUUGGCAAUGACCAGCUUAAAAGCGACGAUAAAUCAUUGGAUAAACCUGCUGCUAAUUUAAUUGACAAACGAAAAAGUCGCAAUAAGAAGAUCGGAAGUGAUAGCGAUGAUAAACGACUUCCUUUCUUACUGCAACGUCGAUCGAUCCCAGAAGAGUUAUAUCUUGCAGAUAAUAGUGAUUGUUCUGAUAACCGAAUUGAAUUGAAAUCCAUAAGGAUGCUCGAUCCCGAUAACAUUGAUCUGCCUACAGUCUUGAAAAACGAAAAACCUGUUUCAAAAAUACAAAUUUGCUCUGAAGCUGUUAAUACAUCGAAAGAGAUUUUGCAGAAUGGUCUGAUCGAAUGUCCAAAGUCACCUUCAAGCGACACCUGGGAUUCAACAAUUGUACCAGAUUCUCUCGAAAUUUCUGGAGUUUCUUCCGAAACUUCAGUUCCUGGAGAAACUGACAUCGAUCAUCGAAAUAGACUUAAAGUCUUUGAUAACGGACAGAUUACGCGAUCGAUCAUAACAACCAACGAUUGCAAGAAGCAAGAAGAUAAGCGUUUAUCGGAGGCAGAUUGUUCGAAUGUCGAUAUCAUUGCCGACGCGUUGACUGACAGUUGCACCAGCAAUGAAAGCAACACUACAGGUAGUGAGGUGAGCAGCGAUGAGCUUCACGAGUACGAAGUGACUCCGAUUGAGUCAUCCUUUGAUUACAGUAACGAGAUCUCCGCAAUCAACGACGAAUUACUGUAUCAAAUUAGCAAGAAGAAAACUGAAGAUAUUUCAAAAGGAAUCAAGGAAAAUGGUUAUCAUCUUGGCAAUAAUCAUGAUGACAAAACAAGUUCGACAAUGACGAAAAGCGGCGCCAAGCAGAGCGUACAGACUGAAAGACCGAUCAGCGGGCGGUCUUCGAUAAAAUCGAUGAUCAGCGCGAAGGAUGAUAACGACGACGACAACGAUGACGAAGACGACGAUGAGGGCUAUCGCUCCGUUACGUGUCGUCGCGGCGGUCAAGAUGGCGGGCCAGGAGACAACGACCCGACGGCAGUAGCGGCGGGUGAGGAGCGCGUACAAACAGACAUAGGCAAUGCAAUAUUAACCAGCAGGAUCCAGGAGAUGAUGGGGAGCGCGGAGGAGCAAGACGGCAACGGCAGCAAGGUGGACAUUGCGCAUGACGGCCCGGUGAGAGGCGAGAUUGCCGUUCAGGUGGGAGGAAAUGGUGAUGGUAACGGUGUUAGUGGUAGUGGUGAAUACUCCGAGGAGGGGGACGCGACACGGUUUCGCUCAGUCGAGCGACGCCCGUGCACUCGGCAGGAGAAUGGAUUCCCAGCUGACGGCCAAACGUCGGCCAAGGACCUUGCCAGAGACUCAGUUCAGCACAACAGCAGUAACAAUAUUAGCGGUAACAAUAAAUACAGAAGUCUCGUGAUGAUUACCCAAGAAGCGUCCUACCAGCCGGUAAGCGUCGUCACAUCGGACACCACGACAUUGCUGCAACCGGAUGAGAUCCAUUCGGCUGGAAGCCAGGGAGGCCUGGCCGGCUACUUCCAGCUGGCAUUGGAGGCGGCGAGCGAACCGCAAUUACAUCGCAAAAACGCUCCGCGUAAGCCGCUGAUGGUGAAAAGAUUACCAGCCACAGUCGCGGUCUCCGCUGUCACGACGAGUCAUCAAUCAGCCGAGCCUGAAGUGGAUAGUGGAUUGAGUGUCGGUAGCGCUAGUGAAAGCGACGACGUGUCCGUGAAAAACGUGCCGAAGCCGCUCAAUUGUCGACAGGAGAAUGCGGAUGACGUAUCGAAGGAUCGUUCGGUGUCGGAUUAUCGUGAAUUACGUGUUUCGUCACAGUCUAGUGAUGAUAAUUCAGGUACUGGUGGUAUUAUUAUACUCGAAGAAGGUCUGGCUGAUGAUGAUUCUUGGGUGGAAGAAGUAUCUCACGAUGAAGAUGAACCAGGCGCGACCACUGCCACGGAAGAAAGCUCUGAAGAUGAAGCUAAUAACUUUGGCGAUCGUGAAGAAGAACUCAGAGGCUAUCGUAGACAAGCGAUUGAUUUUACCUUGCACACAAUCGUCGAAGAAUCCUGUGAGGAGAGUGAAACGGAGCCCAGUCUGACUGCGGGAAGUCCUUCGAAAAAACCACGACCACCUUCUGCUUCAGAUUUAGAGAAAUAUUUCUUUUUUGGAUUGGGAGGUGAUGGAAAUAGCUCCAGUAUAGGUUCGCGCGAAGUUGACAGCUUGUCAGAAACCUCAUCGAUUUAUUCUGAGGGAUUGGAGUCGCUCGGCCAAGACGAAACUAACGGCAGUGGUCAAAACCAGGACAGGUCGAAUAACAGUGAAGGUUUUCUAAAUUCUUCUAGACUGGAAAAAUAUUAUCUAUCAGAAUUCCUCGGCUUCGAUCAGGAUAGAAGAGAUUCUGAUGGUUCAGUAGGAAGUGAUUCCGAAGGCAGACCAAGUCCAGAAGCGCAAAGAAGAAAAAAAUUAGUGCGUGCGAGAGGUACAGGCAGAUCUCAUAGUUCUUCUCUGGAUAAUUUGUUAGCUCUCACACAGAGCUCACAAAACCUGAGUUCGCAAAAUUCUCUUCAAGAUCUAAGCCUUAAUCAAGACAUGCAGGAGACUCAAUCUGAAGGUUCCUCAACAGAGACUGAUGGUACUGAAGACGGGCAAACCGCUGUAUUUGGCACGGACGGUCAAUUCGAUACAGUAAAACGCAAGAAGAAAAAACCGCGAAAUCUGGGAACUCAAAGUCCACGCGUGUCAGAUGAUCGGAACAAGACGCCAGAACCUAGCAGAGAAAUGACGCUGAUGAACGAAGUCGUAAUAGAAAACGAAAAUGAGGAGAAUUCUGAGGACUCGGACAGAGCGAAGACUCCGCAACCAGAGUCCGUUCUGUCUUCGUCUUCCUCGCCGUCCACUCUUACAAAUAAUAGCAAUACAUUGAAUGCGGCCUCAUCCUCGCAAAUGGAUUCAAGAAAUUCGGUUUCGAUGAAUUCAAUUGAUGGUCAACGAUCAAAGCAACAAUCGCGGGAUUCAGGCUUUGUUGGUAGCUGCGACGAUCUUCUUCAGCAUCAAAAAUUGCCAGAUGAAAGCCAAACAGGUGGCAUUGGAAGCGGUGGCACUGAGGCCGAUCAAGAAACCGACAAAGAUCGCUCGCUCAGUAAGAUUACGGAGCAUUCUCAGAACGCGAAUCAAAACGCUAUUAAAGAAGGAGCGACCGGCAAAAGCAACUUGAAGCAUCCGGUGAAUCAUGCAAGUCUUCCGCACCUGGCGAAUGCCUCACUGUCACGUAAAGAUAGUUUCAAUAACUGGUCCAGUGAUGAGGAAACGAAUCUCAUGAUGUCAAAGAUGCGGCAGUUUUUCAAAACGAUGGUGGCCAAUACGAACGGUCAAGGACAGAAUGCUACCAACGCAAAUUCCGGUGGUGUUUCUCCAGCACCGAGUCCUCGACUGCCAGGUUAUACCUCGAAAGCACGACUCUGUGUCCAGAAUCGCACCAAACCGCCGCAAUUGGUAUAUUUUGAGAAUGAGCUGACACGAUUGAUGAAGACGGUGCCGGGAAUACGUGACGAACAAGUGCGAGAGAUCGUCGAGUAUCUCAGCUCAGAAGAUACGUGGUCGGAUUCUUAUGACAGUUCAGAUUAUACUAGCUCCGACCUUGAGGGCGCUGCCGGAGGUCGCAGAUCAGCCUUGCAGGAACAAAUCUCGCAAAGUUGUCAACAAAUUAUCAGUAAAUUUGACACCACUUCCACUGGCGGUGACGCAACUCUAUCGGACAAAGAGAAGGAACAAAUGAAAGAACCUGGGUCAAGUUCUACGAUGCAACCUGCGCCUUGUCUGGGUAGGGAUACUGCUUUCGUCUAUCAAAAAUUGGUACAAAGUUUCACAAAAAUGGCCGGUGACGGCGUGAGUUCGGACGCUAAUUCUACGCCGCACAGUAGUCCGCCAUUGAUCGCCAAAGUAAUGCAUCACAUCGGUAGUCGGCUAGUAGCGCUGAUGCACGAAGUUUCGGAAGGCGGACCGGCCGCGCAUCAUCCUUCUACAUGGCGACGAUAUUCUCAACAUCAUCGAACCCCAUCUUCGGCGUCUACCACCGAAGACGAUGACUCAACAUCCGAUUCCACUAAUGCGCCCUCAUCAGCGCAUUUGCUACCAAGAUCAAAAUCUCAUGAUCCCUUGUUGUUGAUCAACAGUCAUCCAGCAGUCACCGCCGGUCAAGAAGGGGAAGAACGAGAGGCCAGUGACUAUGAAAGAUUUUCUUGGCGUGGCAGUUUUGAGUCUACGCUUAUGGCUGCCGACUCGAGGACGAAACUGAGCCUGUUAGCAUGUUCUGGUGACGUCAGUAGUGGUGGUAGUGUCAGUGCAAGUGCAAGUGCCCUAGCCGCGAAGCGGCGUAGCGCCGGCGAUUUGCUAUUCAAUCCGAAGAGCUUUUCUAGAGAACAACUGGACAGGGUAAGGAGUUGCGGUUCGAUCGGUGGCGGAAGUGGGGCCGGGACUGGCGGAGCUGGCAGCGGCUCUGUCGAGGAGAGGAUAUGGAGUAACAGGAGAAGAUCUUCCGUUCCCGAUGCUAACACUAGGGGAGAAUCAGGUGCAUCAGCUGGCGACGAAGAUACAGAAGAUGAAUUGGAAUACGGUGGAGAAUCGCGAGCAACAACGCUUCCACGUGGAAUGCAAUCCGCCAUCAGUGCGGCUACUAAUUCCUUGCCGCGACUAUCUGUGCCGAGCGCGCCGACUGGCUUGACGACGACAUCAUUGUCAUCGUCAUCUGCAACAACAGCAGUAACGUCGACCUCGUCAUCGAUGCACAAGGCGCACAGUGUCUACCAUUUCCUGCCACAGCACAGCGGCGUCAAAUCCGCUCGAUAUCGACCUCCCGGCUUCGCCAGAAACAGCAAUAUCGGAUCCGGCGGGAUCGGCAGCGGACCCAAACGUGCCGUCAGUGCACCGGGCCUGCAAGUUUCCGGCUCACAAUCGACCACCAACAAGCGAGAUAAUUCCAGAUCGAGGAGGCAGCAGACGAUGUCGCUCACGUCGGACGAUGGAAGCAGUUUGUCGGAAGCAUGCAGCACGCCAAUUAUCGGAGCAGGAUCACGAGCAGGCUCUAGUCAUACAGUCUUAGAUAUGGACGAUAUCGAUCCGGGCCAUCUCGCCACUCGGUCGUCUCUGUCGAGUCUCGGGGCACGUUCGGACUCGAUGGCGUCGGUAUACAGUGGUGCGGGUGAGGGACGUUGUUGUCGAUCCGUGGUAGUCACAGGUGAGGUAGAAUUCGCCUUGCAGUACGACUACAAGAAUUUGACGUUUGAGGUGCACGUGACCAAGUGCAAGAACCUCGCGCCAGUAGAUGUAAAGCGCAAACGAUCGGAUCCAUACGUCAAGGUAUAUUUGCUGCCAGAUAAAUCGAAAAGCGGUAAAAGAAAGACGAAAGUGAAAAAACACACAUUAAAUCCAGAGUUUAACGAAACAUUGAAGUUCCAUAUGAGUCUGGGUGGUCUGGAGACAAGAACACUAUGGCUGACGGUCUGGCAUUCGGACAUGUUCGGUCGCAACGAUUUCCUCGGCGAGGUGCGAAUGCCGCUGGAAAACAAGAUAUUCGACGAUCCAACGCCACAUUGGUAUCCUCUUCAAGAGAGAACGGAGCCGUUUGAUGAUCCGGUUGCAUAUAAAGGCGAGGUGAUCGUUGGUCUAAAGUUUGUUCCGCCGGAUCCGGCGCAGCAAGAACGUGAUCGGGAAAGCAGUGCGGAACGUAGCAGUUCUAAAACGAAAAAGAACUGGAGCCGCGGCGCGCUCCAUGUACUUGUCAAGGAGGCUAGAAAUCUGCAGACGCGCGGCAAAAACUCGGGUACCUGCGAUCCCUUCUGUAAGAGUUAUUUGCUUCCCGACAAAGGACGAUCUGGUAAGCAGAAAACCGGCGUCGUUCGUAGGUCUGGCGGCUCACCAGUUUGGGGUCAUACGUUCAUCUAUAAGGAUGUUAGUUUACAAGAAUUGGCGGAACGCGGAUUAGAAUUAACAGUCUGGGACCAUGAUCGAAUUGCUAGCAACGAAUUCCUUGGCGGCGUUCGAUUUAAUCUUGGCACGGGCAAGCAUUAUGGGAAAUCGGUGGAUUGGAUGGAUGCGACCGGCCGUGAGUUAUCUCUCUGGCAAAACAUGCUCGAAAGGCCAAAUUUCUGGGUCGAGGGCGCAGUAACAUUAAGGCCGAACUUGCACAAUCAUGGGAAAAACAACGGUACUUAAAACAGCAACGUGAUAAUGUCGCCCACUCUCUCCAGUUCUUGUUUCCGAGAGAUGAACGGUUCACCAAUUUAGUUCAAGUUGAUUGUACAUAGAUCUAAAAGUGUCACGCUUACGACGUGAUCUUAAAUAUUUGCGAACGAAGAAUCAGUGCCUUCGGAAGCGACUUGAACUCGUCUAAUCUUCCUGAAUGGAUGUAGACAAAAAUUCUCUGCAAAAUUCCCGUCAAUCGUAAAAAUCGUUUACCAGAUUAGCUUGGACUGAUGAAAUAUAUCAUUAUCGGUUCCGAACUUCAUAUUAUGUAAACAGUACGCAUUAAAUUAUUUUCAGUUCCCUAUCCAUUCUUAUUUCUACGUUGCCCGUUAUUGAUUUUUAUAUAAAUCGUGUUCUCUACGUAAAAUUCUUUC